AUGACUGGGAAGAAGGGGGGAUCUGUGUGCAUGGAGCAACUCUCCUUCUGUUUGUUCAUGAGUGUCUGCUGUGGCUGGUGGUAUCAGCCGGUCAGCACAGCCAAACCCAAAGGCCAAGGGCACCCCCACAUGAACUCCAUUCGCCUUGAUGGGGAUAUCACUUUAGGAGGCCUCUUCCCUGUUCACGGACGUGGCUCUGAGGGAAAGGCCUGUGGAGAGCUAAAGAAGGAGAAAGGGAUUCAUCGUCUCGAGGCCAUGCUUUUUGCUCUGGAUCGAAUCAACAAUGAUCCUGAACUACUUCCAAACAUCACUUUGGGGGCCCGCAUCCUGGAUACCUGUUCUCGAGACACUCAUGCUUUGGAGCAAUCCCUCACUUUUGUUCAGGCCCUAAUCGAGAAGGACAGUACUGAGGUGCGUUGUGUUAAUGGGGGCCCCCCUAUCAUCACAAAACCGGAACGCGUGGUUGGAGUAAUUGGUGCAUCUGGCAGCUCUGUCUCUAUUAUGGUGGCCAACAUCUUGCGCCUUUUUAAGAUUCCUCAGAUAAGCUAUGCUUCUACAGCCCCUGACCUGAGUGACAACAGUAGAUAUGACUUCUUUUCCCGCGUUGUCCCCUCUGAUACUUACCAAGCCCAGGCUAUGGUAGACAUUGUUAAAGCAUUCAAGUGGAAUUAUGUUUCAACUUUAGCUUCUGAAGGGAGCUAUGGUGAAAGUGGAGUAGAAGCCUUCAUUCAGAAAUCCAGGGAGAAUGGGAGCGUGUGUGUGGCACAAUCAGUCAAGAUUCCCCGGGAACCUAAAGAGGGAGAAUUUGAUAAGAUCAUUAGGCGCCUUCUGGAAACAUCCCAUGCUCGAGCUGUCAUCAUAUUUGCCAAUGAAGAUGAUAUCAAGAAUGUGUUGAUGGCAGCAAAGCGAGCCAAUCAGAGUGGGCACUUCAUCUGGAUGGGUUCUGACAGCUGGGGUUCCAAAAUUGCCCCUGUGAGAGAUGUGGAAGAGGUUGCAGAAGGAUCUGUCACCAUCUUGCCCAAGAGGGCAUCUGUUAGAGGUUUUGAUCGCUAUUUCUCUAGUAGGACACUGGACAAUAAUCGCCGGAACAUUUGGUUUGCUGAAUUUUGGGAGGAUAACUUUCACUGCAAGCUAAGUCGCCAUGCUCUCAAGAAAGGAAGUGCUAUCAAAAAGUGUACAAACCGAGAACGGAUUGGUCAAGAUUCUGCUUAUGAGCAGGAAGGAAAGGUGCAGUUUGUCAUUGACGCAGUCUAUGCCAUGGGUCACGCACUGCACAAUAUGCACAAGAACUUGUGUCCAGGGAAGGUCGGUCUUUGCCCCAAGAUGGAUCCAGUAGAUGGUGGAGAGUUGCUCAAAUAUAUCCGGAAUGUCAAUUUCUCAGGCCUGACGGGAUAGCCAGUGACAUUUAGGAAUGGAGAUGCUCCAGGCCGCUAUGAUAUUUAUCAGUACCAGAUCAAGAAUGCUACACCCGAGUAUAAAGUUAUUGGGCACUGGGCAGAUCAUCUAAACUUAAAGUAAAUGGAGCGCCUGCAUUGGCCUGGAGGAGGAAAUCGUGUGCCCACCUCCAUAUGCAGCCAGCCAUGCAAACCAGGCGAAAGGAAGAAGCUGGUGAAGGGCAUUCCAUGCUGCUGGCACUGUGAGCGCUGUGAUGGAUACCAAUAUCAGCAUGAUGAGUUCCAUUGCAAGGUGUGCCGUCUCAGUGAGCGCCCCAAUGAGAACCACACUGGCUGCAUCCCCAUCCCCAUUGUUAAACUUGAGUGGAGCUCUCCUUGGGCUGUGGUGCCAGUUUUCAUUGCCAUUGUGGGCAUCAUUGCCACCCUCUUUGUGGUGGUGACAUUUGUGCGCUACAAUGACACACCUAUUGUCAAGGCCUCAGGGCGGGAAACUAGCUAUGUGCUGCUGACGGGUAUCUUUCUUUGCUAUGCCACCACCUCCUGAUGAUUGCUGAGCUGACUGGGCACCUGCUCGUUGCGGCGUGUCUUUCUGGGCCUGGGCAUGAGCAUCAGUUACGCUGCCUUGCUGACCAAAAACCAAUCGCAUCUAUCGCAUUUUGAGCAGGGCAAGAAGUCGGUCAGUGCUCCACGCUUAAUCAGUCCUGCUUCCCAGCUGGCCAUCACCUUCAGCCUCAUAUCUCUGCAACUCCUAGGGGUCUGCAUCUGGUUCAUUGUGGACCCUUCACACUCUGUCAUCGAUUAUGAGGACCAGCGGACUACAGACCGCUUUGCCCGGGGAGUCCUUAAGUGUGACAUCGACCUAUCCCUCAUCUGUUUGCUUGGAUACAGCAUGCUGCUCAUGGUAACCUGCACUGUGUAUGCUAUAAAGACUCGUGGGGUUCCUGAGACCUUUAAUGAAGCCAAGCCCAUUGGGUUUACCAUGUACACUACUUGCAUUGUGUGGUUAGCCUUCAUUCCUAUCUUCUUUGGGACAUCACAGUCAGCGGAGAAGAUGUACAUUCAGACCACAACAUUGACCAUCUCAGUGAGCCUAAGCGCCUCUGUCUCAUUAGGCAUGCUCUACAUGCCAAAGGUCUACAUAAUUCUCUUCCACCCAGAGCAAAAUGUGCCCAAACGAAAGCGCAGUCUCAAAGCAGUUGUGACAGCAGCCACAAUGUCCAACAAAUUCACUCAGAAAGGAGGCUUUCGCCCCAAUGGAGAGGCCAAAUCAGAACUGUGUGAAAAUCUGGAAACACAAGGAAUUAAUUCUGUCAGCCCUGAUAGCGAGUUCCUAACUCUAACCCAAGAGUUCUCCAAUGUAUUCAAGAACUCACUAGGUAAAUACAGAGGUAACCCAAUAUCUCUCAAGAUUGAUCCUCAAAUAGUGCCUAUUUGCCUUAAGGUUAGGAGAGUUCCGUUAGCCCUUAGGGAGAAGGUAGAUGCUGAAUUAGAUAAGUUAGUGGCACAGGGGUUUUUAGAGCCCGUGGACCAUGCCCCUUGGGAGACGCCUAUUGUAGUUCCGAUCAAGGCUGACAGAUCUGUCAGGAUCUGUGGGGAUUAUAAAUCGACCCUGAACAAAGCUUUGCAAGCGCACCUCUACACUGUACCAGUGGUGCAACAUGUAUUGCAUUCAUUGCGACAGGGUAAAGUGUUUACUAAGCUUGAUCUCACUAAAACAUACCAGUAG